AUGUACCGAGCCAACAAGGCAGGCUACACCCACUUCGACGAGCGCAACGUUGGCGGUCGGAGCCAGGUUGGCGCCGAACUGAAGCGCUUCCAGGCCGUGAUGGUCGCGCCGAAGCCAUCCCCCCAAAUUACCCCACGAGAUGCUGCUCCAUACGUGUACUUGCACGCGAGGAAACGUCCUGAAGUCGACCAUUAUCCGCCACCUCCAUGUCUUCCGCCGGGUUACAACCUCGUCAACAACAUAGACGCAAUCUGGAAGUGCUCCUCGUACCAACAGCGCCAAGACUACCGCGACCACUGCCAACGACUGGCACACUUGACACAGCACAUCCACGAACACAGCGCCCACAGUCCGAAGCCCCCUCGUGCGGCCCGUCCCCGCUCGUGUGGACCCACGAUGCGAUCGGGAGCAAUGUCUCUCGCAGUGCGGUCGACUGCCCUCCCCGGGACGCCCGUCGUCAUUCCAAAUAGCUCGAGCAGUAGUCAGUACCGCCACAAGCUGCUUGCGUACAUUCGGCAGAUUCAAAACGAGGCGGUGGGCGAGGACCGCGAAGGCGCGUUCUUUUCACAACCAGCGAUCCCGCAUCUGGUUGACGGCACGUCGAUCCCGCCUCCCGACGACGACCUCGUCGCACUUCCACCUGGAUGGGACACAGCGCUUGAUCCGAAAGGUCGCCGAUACUACAUUGAUCACAUCCACAAGCGGACGACGUGGGAAGCGCCUGUCGUCACCCAAGAAUCGCCGCCGCGCUCUUAA